CUUCCCCGCCCGCCGCCGCCACCGCCGCGCCCGCAGCCGCUCUCUCCGCUCCGCACCGCCAUGUCCGCCGAGCCGGCCCCGGCCUCCGCCGCCCCCGAGCCGGUCCCCGGCCCCGAGCCGCCGACGGGCGGCGGGGAGGCGGCCGAGCACCGGGCGCUGGUGCUGACGGGGUUCGGCGGCUACGACAAGGUGAAGGUGCAGGCGCGGCGCGGCGCUGACCCGCGGCCCGGAGAGGUCUCGGUGAGCGUCCGCGCCUGCGGCCUCAAUUUCGCCGACCUGAUGGCGCGGCAGGGCCUGUACGACCGCCUGCCGCCGCCGCCCGUCUGCCCCGGCAUGGAGUGCGCCGGUACCGUCCGCGCCCUCGGCGACGGUGUCCGCGACCGACAGGUUGGCGAUAAGGUAAUGGUCCUGGCUAGGUCAGGGCUCUGGCAAGAAGUUGUGAAUGUGCCGGCCAGUCAGACUUUCCCAAUGCCUGAGGGGAUGAGCUUCGAGGAAGCCGCUGCUCUUCUUGUUAACUACAUCACUGCCUACAUGAUUCUGUUUGACUUUGGAAACCUGAGACCCAACCAGAGUGUCCUCAUCCACAUGGCUGCAGGUGGUGUGGGAACUGCUGCCAUCCAGCUGUGCAAGACUGUAGAAAAUGUCACCAUUUUUGGCACAGCAUCUGCCUCCAAGCACGAUUCACUCAAGGAGAGUGGAGUUGCUCACCCCAUUGACUACCGAACGAUGGAUUACGCAGAGGAGGUCCGGAAAAUCUCUCCCAAAGGUGUUGACAUUGUCCUGGACCCUCUGGGAGGAUCUGAUACGUCCAAAGCUUUUAACCUGUUGAAGCCGAUGGGCAAACUCAUCACUUAUGGUGUAGCAAACCUGCUCACUGGGCAGAAGAAGAACCUCAUGGCUAUGGCUAAAACCUGGUGGAACCAGUUCAGCAUCACUGCCUUGCAGCUCCUGCACCAGAACAAGGCUGUGUGUGGCUACCAUCUUGGAUAUAUGGAUGAAGAAGUUGAGCUUCUCAGAAGCGUUGUAGCCAAGCUGGUUAACCUGUACAGUCAAGGCAAAAUCAAGCCCAAAAUAGACUCUGUGUGGCCCUUUGAUCAGGUGGCAGAGGCUAUGAAGCAGAUGCAAGAAAAGAAGAAUGUUGGAAAGGUCAUCCUGGUUCCUGAAGCACCCAAGGAAGAAUCUAAGAAAGCAGAGAACUAAGGAGAAGAGAUGUAUGCAGAUUAUGAAUUCAUGGUUUAACUCCCUGAUCUCUUUGGGACCUGGAAAUGGACAGAUCAGUAUCUUCCAUCUUUCACCAGUACAAGAACAUCAUGGUUUAUCAUUCAGCUGAGGUUUGCAUGCUCUUGUUGUGACUGACCCUUUGCCAGAUAUGCCUCCUGCUCUCUCUUUUGAAACCUGUCUGUUUCAUACUGUUUUCUAACCACUUGUUUCUCCACUGAAUUUCCAGACUAACCUUAUUUUUCUCUGGCAGUGAGGCUGAAGCUUCCAAGCAGUUGGUGACUAACAACUGCACAGCCUGUCACUGUAGAGUCACGGCACAAUGUACUGUAACAACUGCCAAGUAUCUCUGCAGAAACUGAGCCCUGCUGAAGCGUUUGCACUGUCAGCUUUGGGAAGCCUGUUCAGCAGAGGAUUGGCCAAAUGUAGGAUGUUUCCUCCACAGCCAAAGGAAAACCACAGCUGGCCUAGUUUAAUUCCAGCAACUUCUGUUCACAGUAACCCGGCUCUAUUCCCUCUGCUUUUUGUAGGCCACUAACACAGCCAGAUAGUAACAGCUCCUGAUGGUUUUGCCUUGGCCAUCCUGGCAAAUUUGGAGUCUAUGGCAUAUCAUACUUCAUUUGCAGUCACUUUUUUGUGCAGUCAGUAAAUACCCUGACAGGCUGGGCUGGGCUGUGUCUGACUACAGAAGAAAAGUUUCAAUUAGGUAACCUGAUCCUGUCCAUUUUCUAUUUCCAAAUUGUAUAGAGAGAUCUGAGCAGUGUCCGAUUCUUAGAGACCAUAAGGACUCAACUGUGUCACAAACGACUGGAACAAUUGAUGUUGGCUCUGUGCUUUAUUAUGUUGGGCUCCAAGCUGGUAUUGUUAGGGCUUCACCCUUGUCUUUGUAUUUCCAAGGGCUGCAGUGUUGAAUUGGACUUCAUUGAGAUGGAAACAAAAUAAUCCCCUGUUAUUGCUUUGUGCAGGGCCCUGUGUGCUGAGGAGGUGUUGCAGUUUGGGAAGUAACUUUCAAGAGCCAGUCCUGUGGGCUGGCUGCCCAGUAGCCUGGGCUGGCUCUCCCUGUGGCACACUGGUUAGUGAAGCUGUUGCCAGGGUAGCAGUUAGAUGAUAAACAGCCCAGCCUCUUGACCCGCACGUCCUGAGCAGUUUUCCCUUGUGUCCCAGUUCAUUUCCUGCAGCAGGGCUUGAGUUUUCUUCCCCUGAAUCUUUGUCUUGGGGCUCCAGCACUGAGGGUUUAGGAGCUACCUGGGAUGCUCCUCCCUGUACCAGAACUGUGCUUCUCUUCUGCUUUUCUUUCCUUGUGUGUAUUUGGGAAGAGAGCUGUGUUAGAGACCUAAGCCCAGCUCUGUGAGCACCUUGAGUCCUGGGUGAUGCUGUCCUUCCCACUGGACCUCACUUGCAGCCCUGGGCAACUCCGGUGCUUACUUGUCAUGGGAUGUAGGUGUGGUGGGCUUUUGGGCUUCAUUUUGGAUUUGAAAUGGUAAACCCAAGGGCACCAAGAAGAGCUGUCCAUCAUGGAAGAACUCAUGCUCCAGAAGCAAAACCCUGAGACUAGAAACCUGCUUAACUAGCCCACAGGGAGGUCCCAAGGCCCAAGGAGGGCAGGUACCUGCUGGGCACAGGGCCAGGCAUGCAGUCCCACCACCAAGAGAGCCACACAGGGCUGGGAUUCCUCUCUGGCUUCUCCUUCAGCCUGCUCCAGUGGGACUCCUGUUUAUCAGUGCAGCUUGUGGUUCAGGUGCUUGGGCUCAGUCCAGAGUUCUUUAGAAACGUGUAGGCACAGCUUCCAGGGGUCCUGCCCUGGCUAAGUUUAAAUAUUGCAACAACCCUGUUCCCCACAACCUCAGAGGAGUCUGGAGUCCUCUCACAGAUCCUUGUCAGUUCAUCUCUUCAACUUCAUAAACACAGGCUGAUGGAACUCUCAAGCACAACUUUUUACCUUUCUGAAUCCAAAAUCUUGCUGCUUCUUUCAACCUGCCCUGUUGUGCUAAUUUAGAUUGAAUCCAACCGUGUCUGAUGCUGCUUUACCAGGUGUGAAAACAGAAGGACUGUCUAAAUUGCUGAAAUGGAAAGUCUGCACCUGUUCCUCUGAGAAACUGGACUUCACCUUGAUGACAGGGCAGUGUGCUCAAAAGGCACACAACCCCACACACCUUCCAGCGCUGCAGGAUUGUAAAAGGGAAAGUUGUUAUGGUGUGUUUCAUUUUAACAUCCUCUCCCUGCUUUAUUCUGAGCCAAUCCCGUGCUCAGUGCCUUACGUGGAUGGCCUUGGGUCAGGCAGGGCUCUCACAGCCCAGGAGCCUCACAGCUCCCCAUCAGACCCCUCUGCCCUGCUGCCUCCUGUGUGCCACGGGGAGCAGCAUCUCGGUGCCUUCUGCUGCAUGACUAGGAAGUCACUGGGGCCUUUUCCAUUCCGGCCUUUCAAAGUAUUGCCAAAACCCUGUUUUGACUCUUAUUAGCUCUGUUUUGUGAACACUGGUGAUGUCAUUGGACUUUCCGUGAAUUAGCUGUCCUCUCCCCGGGUGUUCCAGCCUUUCUGAGGCUGACCUGAUGGUUCUGUACCCCCCAGACCAUAAGACCUGUUGUAAAGCCCUUGUUUCUCUCCCAGGGCAGCUGUUUGGCUCCAGAGCCAGCCUUGAGUGAGGCUUUAUCAGCUGCUCCAGCCUUGGCUCUUUGGAAACAAUCCUGGCUCUCUUUGGGCUCUCAUGUCUUCUACCCAGAAAUUCCUGAAGCCUUUAUCGAGGCAGGAAUGCCAAGCAGUUACUGCCUGUUCGAGUUCUGCACUGGCUAUUUUGUGUCUCUUGGUAGCAACAGUGUUUUCUACAGGAAGACCAAGAUUAAAUGUAACCUUGCAAUCCUCCACCCCUGCUCCAAGCUCUGCUUUAGGUGGGUGCGGUUGGUUGUGUUUUGGUUUUUUACUUUACUUUUCUAAGGGCCAGUAAGUGUUGAACCUAUGUAAAACAACUUCAAGUGUCUUAAUCAAGUUAACCAGCCAGUUUGUAUACUAAGGACCAAAGCAAAAAAAAAAAACCAAAACGAAACCCUAGGAUAAAAAUCAUUCCAUUCAAUGUUGCUUGUUUAGGGCAGAGUUGUGCUACUGAAGAACUGGGAGAUUCCUGUACUUAAUCAUGUGUGCCAUUCCAGAAGUGCAAUUUAAUGUUUAUUUUUCUGAUUGUCUGGCUCAAAGGUUGUGCCAUGAGGAAUCCAAGUGGAAGUGUAAGGAGUUGAUGAGCGAAGGAGGCACUCACAGCCCUGCCUGCUGCAGUGGGCUCGGCACAAGGGCCUCUCCUGUCGCUGCUGCAGUGGCCUCCAGCCUGGUGCUGCUGGUCUUGGACAAAGUGCAACUCCUUUGCUAUCACCUGGCAGUGGUUGCCACAUUUUUGACUCUUCGGUUUCUCUGAAGCUCACUUGUGUUGCAAGGUGGCUGCAGGAGGGGGAGGGAGCAGAGGUAGCUUCUGCUUGCACAGAGGAGUGUGGCCCCUGCCAGGUGCUCUGGGAAGGAGUUCAGCUCUAUGUUUUGUUCCAGACACCUGUAUUAAACUAGAAUUGAUUGGCCAGGGAGAAGUAAGAAGCACUGUGUGUGUGAGGCUUCAGCUGGUGCAGGAUCCUGGCCUGCUGACAGCUGCUCUCAUAGGUGUUAAACCACUCUGGUUGCUUAGUCUCUGGUGUGCUGAGCCCUCGUGACGGCAAAGUGUUAUUGGCAAGUAGUACAUGAGCAUGAUGUGAAACGUGUUAGACUCUGAGUGAGCCUCUUACAGCAUAUGGUCUGGUCUGUACUGUCUGAAUUGUGUUGAUUUGCAGAUUUGUGAUAUGAGUGAUGCUCAUCCUACAGACACAUAGCAAAUCUUUUGUUUAAAAAAUAUAUUUCGCUUUGUGCGUGUAACCAAGUUGGACGGAAGACAACUGUGCCACUGCUGUUUACAUGACUACAAUGUGUACUGCUCCUCUGUCAAAUGUUACCAUAUGCCUUAUGUGUUUCAAAUGUUAAUUAAAAGCAUAACAAAACCUUCCACA